AAGUCCAUAUAUAAAUAUUUUAUUUUACAUUUCAUACACGACGGAGAAACAGAUAAUUUCUUCUUCUUCUUCUUCUCUUGUUCAACAACAUGAAUUGUGUGACACAGCUUGAAACAGAUGACUCUGAUUUUGUUGAAGUUGAUCCAACCGGUAGAUAUGGCAGAUACCAUGAAAUUCUUGGCAAAGGAGCUUCCAAAACAGUAUAUAGAGCAUUUGAUGAGUAUCAAGGGAUUGAAGUUGCUUGGAAUCAAAUCAAACUAUAUGAUUUCCUACAAAACCCCGAAGAUCUCGAGAGGCUUUACUGCGAAAUUCAUCUCCUCAAGACGUUGAAGCACAAAAACAUUAUGAAAUUUUAUACUUCUUGGGUUGAUACUGCAAAUAGGAAUAUCAACUUUGUCACUGAAUUGUUUACUUCUGGUACUCUUAGACAGUAUAGGCUAAAGCACAAGAGGGUUAAUAUUAGAGCAGUGAAGCAUUGGUGUAGACAGAUCCUGCAAGGACUUCAUUAUCUUCAUAGCCACGACCCACCUGUGAUCCAUAGAGAUCUUAAAUGUGAUAAUAUUUUCAUUAAUGGAAAUCAAGGGGAAGUGAAGAUUGGGGAUCUUGGUUUGGCAGCAAUUCUCCGGAAAUCACAUGCUGCUCAUUGUGUAGGAACACCCGAAUUCAUGGCACCAGAAGUAUAUGAAGAGGAAUAUAAUGAAUUAGUUGACAUAUAUUCCUUUGGUAUGUGCGUAUUAGAAAUGGUCACAUUUGAGUAUCCUUAUAGUGAAUGCAGCCAUCCAGCACAGAUCUACAAGAAAGUUUCUUCUGGGAAAAAACCAGAUGCUUUGUAUAAAGUGAAGGAUCCAGAAGUGCGAGAGUUCGUUGAGAAAUGUCUUGCAACUGCGUCUCUAAGGCUGUCUGCAAGGGAGCUUCUAGAUGAUCCUUUUCUUCGAAUUGAUGAUGACGAAUAUGAUUUGGGGUCGGUAGAUGUUGGAGAGUUUGGUGACUUGGGUCCUCUCGUUAGUCAGUCAUUCUUUUCAAUUGACCGCAGCUAUAGUAACAUAAGUACUGAAUACUCCAAUGGUUUUGGGUAUGAAGUAGAUUGGUAUUCUCAGCCAACCGAGAUUGAACAUGGAAUUGAACUUUUUGAGUGCCAUGACGAUGAACCCUCCAAAGAUGUUGACAUAAGCAUCAAAGGCAAGAGGAAAGACGACGGUGGUAUCUUUUUGAGACUAAGAAUUGCAGACAAAGAAGAUCAUAUCCGAAACAUUUAUUUCCCAUUUGACAUAGAGUUGGACACAGCAUUAAGCGUAGCGACUGAAAUGGUUGCGGAACUCGACAUUACAGAUCAGGAUGUUACCAGUAUAGCCCAUAUGAUAGAUGGAGAAAUUGCUUCUUUGGUACCUGAAUGGAGGCCAGGACCAGGAAUUGAUGAAACCAUCAACUAUUCAAAUCAAAGUUUCUGUGACAAUUGUGUGUCUAAUCAUACUACAGAUACAGAUUCUCUUUUACGUAAUCAAAGUGCAAAAAACUUGCACCUUCUUCAAUGCUGCAUGCACGGAUGUGCUUCAAUGCACGGCCGGUUCGAGGAGAUUACAUUCCAAUCGGAGGACUAUGACGACAUCCAUGUUAGCGAGGAUGCACCUAACAUAUCAAGCAAAUCAGAUUUCUUGCAGUAUCAGGAAUCAUGGAAUCAGCACGAAAGCCGUGAACUGAGUCCUGUAGAGUCUACUCGAAGCCAUUCUGACGAACAAUAUGAACUAUUAGAUAAAUCAUUUCUGAUUGAAGAUAAAAGAGAGGGUAUUCGGGAAAACAGUUUCGCACCCAACGCAGGAAACUCCUUGAAAGAUUUAUCAGGAAACCAUUAUUUAUCUACUAUUGGUUCGCUAUAUUGUGGAGUUGAGAAUGAUUACGAGAAAGAGAUCCAACAUGAGUUGAGAUGGCUGAAAGCAAAAUAUCAAAUGGAAUUGUGGGAACUUAAGGAUAAACAGUUGGGUGUAGAAGCUAAAUCUCCACAUAUUGAGCACAAAACACCACCAGAAACCGAAACAGUGAACGGAUUCGAUAAUGGGAUUCAUUUCCAUAAUUACAAGGAUUGUGAUUCCAGUUACAAUUCUCGAGAACAGAAGAGCCAUCCCAAUCUUGACACCCGAAGGGUCCAAAAUUGCGGUGUGAUAUGUUCUAAGGAAGAAGAUAUGGCUACUGCAAAGAGUUUUUACACAAGGUUGUUUCUUCCAGACACUCUACACAGGACUAUUUCCCUUCCUGUUGAUGCUGUGGAUGUAUAAUAUAUAUAUACAAUACAAUGUGAUGCACUUAUUGAAUUCUUUUGUAGAUCAUGUAUAUGUAUAUACAAAACAUAUCACCCUUAGAGUGUAUAUAAAUUCAGCAUGCCACCUUUUGUUUUUGA